GCCGGAAGCGGCUCUCCUGAGGCGGCGGGAGCGGAAGCGGAAGCGGAAGCGGGGGCGAUGUUGUUCUCGCUGCGUGAGGCGGUGCAGUGGCUGGGCCUGGCGCCCUUCGAGCUGCUCCUGCAGGGCCUGGCGCUGCUGGCGGCCUCGGCGCUGGUGGCGCUGAAGGCGGACGGCGGGGAGGCCUCGGCGGGGCUGAGCUGGUGGGGCGCGCUGGGCCCGCUCUUCGCCGCCGACGGGCUCUGCACCUACUUCACCGCCAUCGUCUCGGUGCGGCUCUUCCAGGACGGCGAGAAGCGGCUGGCCGUGCUGCGGCUCUUCUGGGUGCUCACCCUGCUCAGCCUCAAGUUCGUCUUCGAGAUGCUGCUCUGCCAGAAGCUGGGCCAGGAGCCCAAGCCCGGCCGCGAGCAGCUCUGGUACGGCCUCAUCAUGGCGCCCGUCUUCAUCCUGCUCCAGCUCCUCAUGAUCCGCGCCUGCAGGAUCUUCUGAGGCCGCCCGGGAAGGCCGUGCUGCCGGGCCGAGGGGAGGAGUGGCCCGGGGACACGGACAGGCUGCAAACGGGGCCCCUUCUCGUGCAGAGAGAGGCAUUGUCGCUGGACCCUGGACCGCCGUGGAACCAGAGAAGAAAUAUGUAGAUACACCCCCUUCUGAUGCAAAUAUGUGACUUCAGGGUAUGUUGAACAAGACUGGUUUAAGACUAAAUAUGUAAAUAUAUUCCCAUUCUCGUGUCAAUGCGUGUAUUCUCAUUGGACACCAACUUAAGAAGAAAUGUGUAGACAGAUCCUCCUUCUGAUGCCAAUAUAUGACUCCAGAAUAUGUCGAACAAGACUGCUAUUUAAUAAUAAAUGUUGAUAUAUUCACAAAGACUAAAUAUAUAGAUAUAUUCCAAUUGUUAUGCUGUCAAUACGUGUAUUCUCACUGGACUUCCGACCAAAUGGAACCAGAACACCAACUUAAGAAGAAAUGUGUAGACAGAUCCUCCUUCUGAUGCCAAUAUGUGACUCCAGAAUAUGUCGAACAAGACUGCUAUUUCACAAUAAAUACGUAGAUCUAUUCCCAUAGACUAAAUAUGUAGAUAUAUUCUAGUUCUUAUGUCAUAGGUGUUUUCUCAGUGGACUUCCAACCAAAUGGAACCAGAACACCAACUUAAGAAGAAAUGUGUAGACAGUUAGUCCUUAUGUAAAUAUCUGACUUCAGACUAUGUUGAGCUAGACUGCUGUUUAAGAAUAAAUACUUAGAUCUAUUCCCAUAGACUAAAUAUGUAAAUAUAUUCCCAUUCUCGUGUCAAUACGUGUAUUCUCACUGGACUUCCGACCAAAUGGAACCAGAACACCAACUUAAGAAGAAAUGUAUAGAUAGAUUCCCCCCUAAUACAAAUAUGUUACUUCAGACUAUGUCGAACAAGACUGCCGUUUAAGACUAAAUAUGUAAAUAUAUUCCCAUUCUCGUGUCAGUGCGUGUAUUCUCACUGGACUUCCGACCAAAUGGAACCAGAACACCAACUUAAGAAGAAAUGUGUAGACAGAUCCUCCUUAUGUAAAUAUCUGUCUUCAGACUAUGUUGAACUAGACUGCUAUUUAAGAAUAAAUACUUAGAUCUAUUCCCAUAGACUAAAUAUGUAAAUAUAUUCCAAUUCUUAUAUCAUCAAUACAUGUAUUCUCACUGGACUUCCGACCAAAUGGAAACAGAACACCAACUUAAGAAGAAAUGUGUAGACCGAUCCUCCUUCUGAUGCAAAUAUGUGACUCCAGAAUAUGUCGAACAAGACUGCUAUUUAAUAAUAAAUAUGUAGAUAUAUUCGCAAAGACUAAAUAUAUAGAUAUAUUCCAAUUCUUAUGUUGUCAAUACAUGUAUUCUCACUGGACUUCCUACCAAAUGGAACCAGAACACCAAUUUCAAAAAUAUGUAGAGAGAUUCCCCCCUAAUGCAAAUAUGUGACUUCAGACUAUGUUGAACAAGACUGCCUUUUAAGACUAAAUAUGUAAAUAAAUUCCCAUUCUUAUGUCAAUUGGUGUUUUCUCACUGAACUUCUGACCAAAUGGAACCAGAACACCAACUUAAGAAGAAAUGUGUAGACCGAUCCCCCUUCUGAUGAAAAUAUGUGACUCCAGAAUAUGUCGAACAAGACUGCUAUUUGACAAUAAAUACAUAGAUCUAUUCCCAUAGACUAAAUAUGUAGAUAUAUUCCAGUUCUUAGGUCAAUAGGUGUUUUCUCACUGGACUUCUGACCAAAUGGAACCAGAACAUCAACUUCAGAAAUAUGUAGACAGAUCCUCCUUCUUAUGUAAAUAUGUGACUUCAGACUAUGUUGAACUAGACUGCUGUUUAAGACUAAAUAUGUAGAUAGAUUUCCAUAGAGUAAAUAUGUAGAUAGAGUCCAAUUCUUAUAUCAUCAAUAUGUAUAUUCUUACUGGACUUCUGACCAAAUGGAACCAGAACAUCAACUUAAGAAGAAAUGUAUAGAUAGAUUCCCCCCUAAUACAAAUAUGUUACUUCAGACUAUGUCGAACAAGACUGCCGUUUAAGACUAAAUAUGUAAAUAUAUUCCCAUUCUCGUGUCAGUGCGUGUAUUCUCACUGGACUUCCGACCAAAUGGAACCAGAACACCAACUUAAGAAGAAAUGUGUAGACCGAUCCCCCUUCUGAUGAAAAUAUGUGACUCCAGAAUAUGUCGAACAAGACUGCUAUUUGACAAUAAAUACAUAGAUCUAUUCCCAUAGACUAAAUAUGUAGAUAUAUUCCAGUUCUUAGGUCAAUAGGUGUUUUCUCACUGGACUUCUGACCAAAUGGAACCAGAACAUCAACUUCAGAAAUAUGUAGACAGAUCCUCCUUCUUAUGUAAAUAUGUGACUUCAGACUAUGUUGAACUAGACUGCUGUUUAAGACUAAAUAUGUAGAUAGAUUUCCAUAGAGUAAAUAUGUAGAUAGAGUCCAAUUCUUAUAUCAUCAAUAUGUAUAUUCUUACUGGACUUCUGACCAAAUGGAACCAGAACAUCAACUUAAGAAAUGUGUAGACAGAUCCUCCUUCUUAUGUAAAUAUGUGACUUCAGACAUGUGAAGACAUGGGUAUAUUCCCAUUAUUGUGUCAAUACAUGUAUUCUCGUUGGACUUCCGACCAUAUAGAACCAGACUGCUAUUUAAGAAUAAAUAUGUAAAUAGAUUCCCAUUCAAUUCAUAUAUUCUCUCUGGACUUCAGACUAUGUGGAAGUAGGAAUGGAACAAGAUGGCUAUUUAAGAAUAAAGAUGUACAUCGA